GUUAGAGCAGUGGAUCUAGGUUGCCGGACGGUCCCGGCCCGACACGGGACAGUUUCAGUUCGGGAUAGGCAGAGAGGGGAUGGGUCCGCUGUUGGCACAGUCCUGAACUUUCUUUUGCGCCAGCCAAUCAAAACAAGGAAACGCAGCGGCGCUCGCGGUGAAACGGUUAAUUUCAUGUGACUCUCCUCUCAUUUACGUGAAGGUUGGCAGUCAAGUUUUUUUUUUCUUUUUGGGUUUUUUUUUUUUGGCACAGCAGCUCUUUGCGAGCGCCGCUCAUAAAAAAAAGAAUUGUGCCUUGUUGUGCUCCCACCCCCCGCUCCGUGCCGCACUGGUUCCGUCUGGCUCGCCCUCAGCUGCUGCGUGUCCUGGGAUGACCUGUUGAUGUCGGUAGAAUGGAGAAUGGCAGGGGGAGCGAUUUCCCCCAUCACCAAAAUAUUUAAAUAAGCAACAUUUGGGCUUGACAACCGGCGUCGCUGCACGGCUACCUCGUCCCGCACAGCCAACAAGACCCUUUGGUGGUGUGCGUAGGCGCACCAUGGCCCAGACCCUCCAGAUGGCGAUCCCAAACUUUGGCAACAAUGUUUUAGAGUGUCUGAACGAGCAGCGGCUGCAGGGCCUCUACUGCGACGUUUCCGUGGUGGUCAAGGGCCAUGCUUUCAAGGCACAUCGGGCAGUGCUGGCUGCCAGCAGCUCUUACUUCCGGGACCUUUUCAGUAGCAAUAGUGGAGGUGGUAGCAGCAAUGAGAUGAGCCCAACCGUAGUGGAACUCCCAUCAGCUGUCCAGCCUCAGAGCUUCCAACAGAUCUUGGCUUUCUGCUACACAGGCCGUCUCAGCAUGACGGUGGGAGACCAGUUUCUCCUCAUGUAUACUGCCGGCUUCCUGCAGAUCCAACAGAUCAUGGAAAAAGGCACGGAAUUCUUCCUCAAGGUGUCCUCCCCCAGCUGCGACUCCCAGGGCCUUCAAGCUGAGGAGGCCCCACCCUCUGAGCCCCAGAGCCCUGUAACGCAAACCAGUAACGGUGCAGCCCGGCCGACCUCCUGCCUGACGCCGCUCUCUCUGGUAUCACGAGUGAAGACAGAGCAGCCAGCUAGCCAGCCUGAGGCAGCCACUCCUUACUCAGUGGUCUGCACUCCUGUAGCCAAACGGCUGUGGGAGGGUGGCAGCAGCCGAGAUGGAGGCGGGGCAGGUUCAGGGGGCGGAGGGGGUGCCAGGAAGGCUGCUCGUUAUUCCCAAGAGGCAGUGCGAGGCAGUGCGAUUCAGAGCCCCGGAGCCCUUGGACUGGCCAUGGGUAUGGGUGCCACCGCAACUAGCCUGGCGGGUAUGGUAGCCAGUGGCGGGCUUACUGGCAAUGCGGGCACCAACGGGAGCUCUGCGACAGGUCUCGGCAUGUCAGAGGGUGCCAGCCCCGGCACCCUGAGCACCUAUGCUAGUGACUCACCCAUCAGCUACCAUGAUGAUGAAGAAGAGGAAGAGGGAACUGAUGAAAGCGCUGAAGAGCAGUAUAGGCAAAUCUGCAAUAUGUAUACUAUGUACAGCAUGCUCAACAUGGGAGCUGCAGGUAACGGACAUAGGACAGAAGCUGCUGGCGAGCGUGUUGAAGCUCUCCCAGACCACACGGAGACACGGGGUCGGAUGCGAGGCAGAGACCUGACAUGUCUGCCCGCAGAACUCAUCGCUCAGAUAGGCAACCGCUGUCAUCCCAAACUCUACGAGGAAGGAGACCCUGCUGAGAAGCUAGAGUUAGUCUCAGGUACUUCUGUGUAUAUAUCGCGAGCCCAGCUAAUGAACUGUCAUGUGAGUGCCGGCACCAGACACAAGGUGCUGCUGAGGAGGCUGCUGGCUGCCUUCUUUGACAGGAACACUCUGGCCAACAGCUGUGGAACAGGCAUUCGCUCGUCCACCAACGACCCGAGCCGCAAGCCCCUGGACAACAGAGUUCUGCAUGCGGUUAAAUUUUAUUGCCAGAACUUUGCCACCAGCUUCAAGGAGAGCGAGAUGAACGCCAUUGCAGCUGACAUGUGCACCAACGCCCGACGUGUGGUGCGCAAGAGCUGGAUUCCCAAGCUGAAGCUGCUGAUGGCGGAGAGCGACGCCUACAGUGCUUUCCUUCCCGACGGCGUCAAGAUGGAGGACGACACCCUGGGGGCGGAUCCGGCCUUCGACCCCGCCUCUCUGGAGGCUACGGGCGGUGCUGGCAUGGAGUCAGGCGGCUCUUCAGGUGAAUCUCUACAGGGCGUGGGCGGGGAUGGAGCAGCGUUAUUUUGAACAUUGUGUCCUUGGGGGGAAGGUUGAAAUUUGGUGACACGCGCACCAGUAUUCCCCAGUUCUGCUUGCCUCCUCACUCUUUGGCCCACGCUGAUCUCUCACAUCUGACUGUCUGUACUACACUGCUAGGGGCAACAGCUGCUGUUACCCUGAUGUAACCAGGACAUGAAAACUUCAAUUUUUGCUUUAUGACUGUACAAUGGAGUUAGUGAGGAAAGGGAGAGAAUAAGAGGAUGUUAAGUUUUCUCCUGCCUCUCCUUGUCUGUUUAAGGUGUGUAAGCGCAUCCACUGUUGCAUAUUAAAUACAUUCCCUGAGAUGCAGGUGGUGGGUGGAGCUGCUGGCGCAGCCUGAGGAGGAAGGGGUUGCUGGUUGGACAGGCUAGGAGAAGAGGUGGCAAAUAUAUUGAAUGUAAGUGUCAGGGGCAUUUUUUUUUCUGACAACUUGUAUUCCAGCCUCGGAAAAGGAACUAAAUUUAAUAACAAAAUGAGUCAACACUACCUGCUCUUCCUCCCCUCGCACCUUCCACCCAUCACCCUGCAAGUAUUCUUCGCCCCACGCCACCUUACUUGAGAGCCGAGAAUCUCACCCGAGUAUUUCACUGUGCAGUGUCUCAAAGAAGUAUAUCUCACCCUUCUGUUGUCUAAAGUUGAAGCAUGUUUUUCCUCCAUCUAAAAACUGAGAAGUGAUCCAGAGGGAAGGAGAAAGCUUUUUACUUGAGAUGAUUGUAAAGAAAAAUUUAAGGGCAACAGGUAAUCAAAGAUGGUCAUAUUUUUAGAGGAUAAACUAUAUUUAUACAAGUGCUCAUGCCCAAAUUGGUGUGAGCAAAGAGAGCGGGAGGGAUUGUUUUAAAAUCUCGAUCUUCAUGUUUUAUUGAAAGAGGUCUUGUCAAAUAAGGAAAAGUGCUAUUUUUGCAGAAAAGAGGAGUAUAAUGAAGCAGUCGUAUCUUAGGACCCUUAGUCGUUUAUUUUUAUCUUUAUUUGACAGUACGGAGUGAUGGAAUGAGCAGUUGAACUGCUAAAUUUGAAGCAUUUCAUCUUCUGUCCUCACAAGCUUAAAAGGAAUAAUAAGACUUGAUUCAGCUGGCUUGACUGUUGUCUAUGAUAACCAUUUCUUGUUAGGUUAUGAACCUGCAACACUUGCCUCAUUCGAUAAAACAUCGGCCCACGAUUGUGAAGACGACUUGUAGAAAUAUAAAGGUUAUACUGAUCUGACAACUAUUUUCUUCUUUGUGCUGAAAAAAAAAACUGCUGACAUUAUCAUGCAAAAAGGCAAUAAUAAUGGAAUAAUGGAACGUGCCUUUGAAUCGAAAUCACUGAGCAGAAGCCUGGUGUGUGCAGUGAUGUCAUGAGGAGGCAGGAAUAGGUUUUAUGGUACUAUCAGUGUGUGUGAAACUUGGGGUAUGUAGUUUAUCCAUGUAUCGAAUGCACCACCUCUUUAAUUUUGCACCUUCCAUGAGAGGUUGAGUGGAGGUUUCCGCACCUUAAUGAGAAGAACCAGUGGUUCAUGCACCUUUUUUUGCGAAAACGUUGUGUAGCAACUGAAACCCUGUAGGUGUAAUUUGUCUUUUUUUUCCAUGUCUGCCUGUUUGUUUUUUUUUUUUGUUUUUUUUUUGAAGUGGCACAAACUCCUACUGUAAAUAAUAAUCAAGAAGACUGUUAGGUUGACUUUAAUCCCAAGUGUUCUUCCUUUCUGUUGCUGGAUGCACCUGAUGAUGAAAUGUCGACAACUGACCUUCUCUUUUUCCUUUUUUUAUGUGAAAUUUUUUAUUCGUUAGAAAGUUUUGUGAACGCACAUCAGCCUGCAGAUGACGGGUCAGUAAAGGGGGUUCCUUAUUUCUGCUGCAGGUGGUGUGAAUGUGUUCUUAACCUGAAAUGCUCUCACAGAUGACUGAUUUCUGAGAAGGUUCUAUUUUUUUCCGAAGACUAAAGAAGUAUGAAGGAGGAAAGGGUAAAUGCUUCUUACUCAAGGCAGUUGAGUCAAUCUUAUUAGAAGCAUGACAGAUACAGCAAAACCUAUUUUCAUUAUGGAUAAAAAUUAUAUAGAUGAGUUUAUGUAAAAGGUUUGACCUGAUGGUAUAGGAACAGAACAAAAACAUGCAGUACCUUGUAAGUAUUCUGUUAUGGGUAAUGACAACAAAACCUCAGUAAGCUUCAACCGUAGAUGCCGCACGAGCACCCCUCCCCCACUUACCUCGCCAGUAUCUUUGAAGACUGUUGUGCUUCCUGUCCAUCAUGCAGCUGGUGUCAUGUUUCACCUCCAAGAGUUUAUUCACGUGUUUCAGAGAGAGGCAAGGCGGAAUUUGAAUCAUGAUAUAUUUUUAUUUUUUUGCGUUUUUUGGCUUUUUAAGUGAGCUUAGUUUACACAAGUUCAACGCAGCUCAAAUGACCUCAUCAUUUACCUUUUCAAGUGAAGUUACCAUACUCCCUUUAAAGGCCGAUUUGAAAGGCUUUCAAAAUAAAUCCACUCUAACACCAGAUUUGAAGCAUAUUCAGUCUAGCAAUGAAAUUGAAUUAAAUUAAAUUAAUUGUAUCUUCUCGUGUAGAGUGAUGUCUACAAAAUCUGUCAGUCUUCGUGCCUACAGGUAUGACAGUUAGCCGGUAACACCUUAUGAUAACUAUCAUUAAUAAAUGGUCAAGUUAUAGCUAGUUAAACAUGAGUUAUAGUUGGUUUACUAUUUAAAAAUAAUUAAUUGCGUAAUGAACCAUUUAUUAAAGAAUUAUAAAGGUCUAUAAACAUUGGUUGCGACUUUAUAAUAGCCAUCAAGAUAAUGUUUGUAGAUGAACUGCACAGAAUUUAUUUGCCACUUACAAAAUGUUGUACACAUCAGCUGCAAUUGUACAAUUAACAAUUGCUUUUUAAAGCAUUUCAAGGGUUAACAGUCAAAUAACUAUAACGUAAAUAUAAACAAAAGAACACAAUAUGAAGUUGCUGUCCCUUAUAAAGUCGGGUUGUCCAUUCACUCAGUCAUGAAAAGGACGUUUGUAUAGUUAGUUUGGGCAUAAAAAAUCUUCUGAUUUAAACUUCUUUCUAAAAUUUCAUAGUGCACCUUUAAAUAACUAUGAUUUAUAUAUAUUUACCAUUUAUCAAUGAUGGCUACCAUAAAGUGUUACCCAUAACCAAAUUACUGUUCACAUAGGUAUUAGUGAAACCAGAGUAUAUUUACCAAGCGCAGUGAGUUUCCAAAACAGUGAGUUUCCCAUAGAAAAACCAAAAUGUCAGACUUUAAAUAAAAACAGACAAAGAAGCUUUAAAAGUGAGAAAUGACAAGGCCUUAAAUGAGCUUCUUGCAGUAACCAUGUAACACAGUGAACUACUGAAUGACUCCACUCUGACUCACUUAAUGGAGCUGAAAUAUCACCAGUGAAUCAGCAUUGAUUCUUUCACAAUACAGAAAGUGUCCGUGCUGCACCAUUAACCCAGUCAGAACAUCCUGCUGUCGCACCUCACAAGGCCCCGGCCUGGAGACGCAGGUUUAGGGGCCUGUCUAGUCGAGUAACUGUGGUUACGGUUUGUGUCAGGGGAUUUACCUAUAGUAACGCUUUCAGGGCCAACUCUAUGUUCAGAAAGUCCCUCAUUCACAACCUUCUGGCACGGAGCUUCGUGUGCAGUAAAGCGCGUGAGUGUGGUUGUGUUUUUACUUUUGUGUGCAGUGGAGAAUAGAAAGCUUUAAUGCUUUUUUGUUUUCUUCUGAAUUGUAAUAUCUGUACCUUUUCAACGUAUGUGUUUACACCUCACAAAAUAUGUAGACCUACACACUUGAAUGGAUAAGGUGUGGCACCGCAUGGGGAACCUUUUUGUCACUAAACAGUACAUAUAUAAAUAUGAUUAUACACAUGUAUAGAUAAAUACUGUAUAUUAUAUAUAGACACACACAUAGAGGUCAGAUUGUUUGUUGUGCACUCGCAGCAUGAGGUAUAAUAUUUACCCAGAAACGGCGCUUCUUCACAACCCGUGCAGUAAUUGGUCUGCCCCAUGUCUUUGCCCCUGCUCCUUACCCUCUGUAACCCUGUAGCGCCAGUGGACAUCCUGUACUGCUCAUCCUAUUCUUUCUGUGUUCCAAGUGCCAAUAACUUUGUGAAAGCCCUGUAACUGUGACCCAACAUUAUCAAAGGUAAUUGCACAUUAACGACUGUAAAAUAAAUAAAUACAAAUCAUAGAAAAAAUGUCCAAAUGGAUUAAAUAAUGAAUAUCUUAAUAAAAGAUUUGUAACAAUUUC